GGGUCUGGGGUCGGGGGUGUAAUGUCAUGUCACACGAACGUCAGCAUCAUGGCGUUGACGCCCCGCGUCUGACGAGCGUCGCUGUGACGUGCCGUCCUCUUGACGCUGUGACGCGCGGUGUUGACCAAUCAGAAGACGUCUUACAUCGCGCGACGUGCCGGCAACAUGGCCGACCUCACCGACGAGGAAGCGGCGAAGCUUAUCAAGUUAUUCAGAGCCCACGAGAAUCUUUACAAUUUCACGAUUUCCAACAAAAGCGAUCGUGAAAAGUCCAUGCUCUCUGUUGCCACCACUAUGAAUAAAGGCUGGGACUUGAAGAUGACCAAAGCCAGGAUAAAAUGGCUGAGGAAUGGAUAUGCAAGAAAUCGAAGUUUUGUGGAAAAGGGUAAGGCAGUCAAAUGGAGAUGGUAUCAUCAGCUUGACUCUUUUCUGAGACCAUUCACCAGGUUGAGGUCUGAUGGGCUGUCUAACAUGCAAUUAGAAGAAUACUCUCAGUUAGAUGGGCUUGAGGAUUUUGACGAUAUUGACAACCAAGAUUUGGCCAUCGAGGACAGUGGCUCAGAGCGUUGGUCAAGUGAAAGACAGAACCAAUUACUCCAUAACAAGGAUUUACAGAGCAGUGAAUCGACCUGUGAAAAAGUUACACCUCGGCCAUGCACACCCAGCAAUAUGAGUACCUGUUCUUCAGUUGAAAGCAGUGGCGACAACCUGUCAUCAUCACUAGACCCACCAGCGCCUGCUAUUGCCAGGCAUAAAAGGAAGAGGAAACAUUCAGAGGUGACAAGUGAGACAAUGAACCUGCUUCAAGAAAUAGCUGGCUAUAUGAGGGAAAGCACUUCCAGGCGUAAGAGACAAGAUGCACCGCGUAGCGACAAUGAGAUAUACUGUAUUUACCUUGCCAGCCGCCUUGAUAGACUGACACGAAUCAACCAGAUCAAGGUACGCAAGAGAAUAGAUGAUAUUUUCUUUGAGGUAGCCAUCCAAGAACUUGAAGCUCAGGAAUCAAGCUGAUAAAAAUAAGGACUCCUUCCUGUUUUCUGAUGUUAUUAACAGACUGGUUAAUAUUGUAGUGCCAUACUGUAGUGUAAGAUAAUAAAUUAUUGUCUUCACAACAAUGAGAAGAAUAUUUUAAUUUGUUGCUGUUUGUUCUCAGAAAUCUAAUGUUAAAAGAGCCUUAUAAGUGUAGUCAUAUAAAUUAUUUGAGGCACAAAUAAAUAAAUUAUUUGACAAAUAAAUAAAUUAUUUGAGGUUAUUUGCACAAGUUAAGAAUUUUAGGUAGUUCUGCAUGGCAAAGUUUUUCAUGUGUUUGUGAACAGAACAAACUUCAGUAUUUGAGUUAGUGAAAUAAAACUUUGUGAAAACCA